UCUCACUGCGCAUGCGUACGUUAGCCGCGGUCAUUUUGCUGUUCCUGUUUUUCUGCAAGUUUGUCCGACGGAUAAUUGUAAGUUUUCACCCGAAAAUGACAUUGACAACCGUUUUUCGGGCUUGUAUGCGACUCCUCCAGCUGAGACGUUUACCAGAACGUGUAACAACCAUCUAUGCAAGAUCGUUUUCGUCAGAGGCUGAUCUUAAAAAGACUCCCCUAUACGAGUUCCACAAGGAGCAUGGCGGCAAGAUGGUGGACUUCACCGGUUGGUCCAUGCCUGUGCAGUACAAGGACGGCAUCUCCGCAUCUCACCUCCACACCCGCACCAACGCUUCCAUCUUCGACGUCUCGCACAUGGUCCAGAGUCGGAUUCACGGCAAGGACGCGGUCAAGUUCAUCGAGUCGUUGACCGUCGGGGACGUCGCGGGGUUGCAGGAGAACCAAGGGACCUUGACCUUGUUCACUAACGACAGAGGAGGAAUCAUGGAUGACUUGAUCGUGUCUAAGACCUCAGAAGGGUUUCUGUACGUGGUGACGAAUGCUGGCUGUGCUGAGAAGGACAUCGCACACAUGCAGAGCCAGUGUAAAGAGUUUCAAGCCCAAGGUCAUGAUGCAGCAGUAGAGGUCAUCCAGGAGCAGUUUGGUCUCUUGGCAUUACAAGGUCCAUCUGCUGCAGCUGCGUUACAGGCAGGUGUUGAUGCAGACCUGUCCAGGAUCACCUUUAUGUGCAGUGCUGUCCUGACGGUGUUCGGUGUACCUGGCUGUCGGGUCACCAGGUGUGGAUACACGGGAGAGGACGGCUUUGAGGUGUCCAUCCCUGUAGCCCAGGUUGUCCAGGUUGCGGACAGCCUGCUGCAGGUGGAGGCUGCAGACGUGAAGCUGGCAGGGCUGGGGCCCAGGGACAGCCUCAGGCUGGAGGCGGGGCUCUGUCUCUAUGGCAACGACAUUGACGAGGACACCACGCCAGUGGAGGCCACCCUUCUGUGGACAGUAGCCAAACGUAGGAGAGCGGAAUCCAACUUCCCUGGUGCAGGUGUCAUCCUCCAACAGAUCAAGGACAAACCAAGCAGGAAGAGGGUGGGGAUUACUUCAAAAGGACCACCAGCAAGAGCUGGUACUACAAUCCUCAGUGAAGACGGAACAAGCAUAGGUGUUGUGACCAGUGGUUGCCCCUCCCCAUCGCUAAAGGAGAACGUUGCCAUGGGAUACGUGCAAACAGCGUUCGCCAAGGCCGGCACACCUCUGAAACUUGAGGUGCGCGGGAAGCAGGUCCCAGCACAGGUGUCCAAGAUGCCGUUUGUGCCCGCAAACUACUACUACGGGAAAUGAACCUAGUACACUCAUAGUCAUACAAACCUUUUUGAAUCGUCUCAUUCAAUUUUUCAGUAAUACAAAUAAAUAGAGCCAGGCCUGGACAAAGUAGAUGAAAUAUUAGAAGUAAUGUUGAGGGCUGAGAAUCUGCUGCUAAGGUCAACAAAAAGAUAACCUGGGUCUUGUAGCACAGUUUGUUUGGGAAGUUUUAUAUGUUUGCUAUGGUUUUUGUAAAAGAAUUCAAAAGUGCCAACUCACUACACUCAUAAUAGGAUUAAUUUGUUAAUGGGGUCAACCAAGGACGUCUGAUAUAACGUCCUUGGGUCAACUCUGUAUUUAGUAGUGGGUUACAGGUCAUACUGUUGAAUGGUCUUUGAAUUUAAAGACAUGAUAUUACGUAUAAUUUUCAUGAGAGGGGAAUAACAUUUGGAGAGUUUCUUGCAAGUGCCAUUAGCAUAAUUACAUGUAUACUGAGGGUCUUUGCAUGAUAUUGUCAGUGAAACUGAUAGAAAAUGAUUGUGAAAACUCCAAGACUUAAUCACUGUGUGUGACAGUGAUCAACUGUGUUGCUCUAGAUUUUGAAACUUUCGCAUUGGUUUUAUCUUUGAUGUGACGUCCACAAAUCCAUGACACCGAAAAUAUGUCUACCAUGUAUAGUUAAUGUACUACACAUACAGUAUUGUUUCAAUCAUGAAUUCAAAACAACAAAAACCUGUUUUUUCCUCCUUCAAGGAAAUUAAACCACCACAAAAAUAAAUGAAUUUACAGUAUCAUGUGGGACAGAAUGGCUUUGAUAGGCCAAACUACAACUCCCACAGGUAUUAACCUCUCCAUAAAGAGAGACACUCAGCUACAAUCUGUGCUCUGUAUUACCACUCAAGUGCCUUCAAAGUGUAAUCUUAAUGAGAAUCUGUGGGUGUAGGUUUGUAUUUGCAGAGUAGAAGUAGGUUAGAUAAAGGUUUGGUAUCAGUGGCUAUCUACUAACGUAUAUGAAAGUGUUAACCCUCAGAAGACUACUGGUAACCUCUCAACUCCAAUGGGGUUUUCUUUUCAUAGGUUCAUGCAAUAUUAUUCAGUAGGUCGCAAAAUACCCAGUAGUAAUGUACAGAAGAAAAUUAGCAUAGCUGAAAACAUAUCAACAACUUUGAGUGUGCUCUGAAAACCAGUAAAAGAUAAGGGUGAAAAAAGUGUUGCAAAAAAAUUCAAUGAACUGUGUUACCUUUUGUGCAAGCAUGUUUUACCUGUUUUUCAUUUCCCAUUUUGUGCAAUGCUGUUAUCUUCUUAUUGUCAAUGUUACUCAUAGAGUGAUACUAUUAAUAAUAUUAAGGAAUGAAUACAAUUUUUGUCAAACUUCCUAAAGUAAGUAGAAGUGUAUCACUACAAGCCAUAUGUUUGACAUAACAUAGUAUCAAGAUAGAUUUUAUACCGCAGAAUUAGUAAUUUAGUAAGCUCUGUGUGGCUUAUGCAACGUUACUCAAAGAGUCUAUGGUUCAUAGCUUCGCAAUCUAUUAUCGAGGAUGAUAGCGUAUGCUGUAAUCUCACCAUAUGUUCCAUAAAGUGAACAUGCAAUCCAAACAUGUACAAGUCACAGCAGGGUGGGGUAAGAUAUACUGCCGUUCUGGUGCGUAGCAGACAAGGUUGUCCAAGCUGAAAUGUAUUACCUCAAAUGGAUGUAUUACACAGUUAAUCUCUC